CCGUCGUCGCCCGCCCGCCGCCGCCGCCCCGGUACGCGCGGGUCAACACGCUCCUCGCUUCCCUGGAUGACGUCACGCGCCAGCUGACGGCGGAGGGCUGGGAGCGGGUCGAGUACCCGGCCGACGUCCGCUACGAGGAGUUCAUAGCUCUUGUCAAGGCGCUGGGACCGUCUCAGUUCUUGCUGGAUCUGCACGUGCCCGCCCUGCUGGUGUUCGCCGCUGGCACGGAGCUGCACGAGCACCAGCUAUACCGCAGCGGCUGUCUCAUUCUGCAGGACAAGGCUAGCUGCCUGCCGCCGCUGGCGCUGGCGCCCUCCCCCGGCGAGCAGGUCCUGGACGCGUGCGCCGCGCCCGGCAUGAAGACGUCUCAGCUGGCGGCCAUGAUGCAGAACACAGGGACGCUGGUGGCUGUGGAGCGGGACCAGGCCCGGUUCCAGACGCUGUCCCGGAUGCUGCGCCGAGCCGGCGUCACCAACUGCCGGCUCAUCUGCGGCGACUUCCUCCGCCUGCAGCCGGCCGACCACCCGCAGCUGACAGCCAUACUGCUGGACCCAUCCUGCUCUGGCACAGGUAUGGCAGGCCGUGAGUCGGCGGACUCGGUGUCGGCGGACCGUCUCCAACGGCUGGCAAAUCUUCAGGGCAUGCUGCUGCGCCACGCCCUCAGCUUUCCGGCCGUCCGACGAGUAGUUUACUCCACCUGCAGCGUCACCGAGCGCGAGAACGAACAGGUGGUGGCGGCCACGCUGGCGGCUCAGCCCUGCUGGCGGCUGGCGGCCACGGCGCCGGCCUCCUGGCCCGGCCGCGGCCGGCCCUCGCUCUCCGACGGCCAGCACUGUCUGCGUGCCAGCGCCGAGCACGACCUCUGCAACGGCUUCUUCGUGGCGACGUUCGUCAGGGCUGCCGAAAACGAGGCUCGGCCGGGCAAGCACAAGGUCAAGACCAGGAAGCGGGAACCAUGCGACGCGGAGACGGCUCGGGCGACAGCGGAGACCACAACCGGAAAACGUGCUGGCGGGAAGACCGCCAAGACUGUGGGAUCGGCUGACGGUGAGGGCGCGCCCCCGCCGCCGAAGAAGCGAAAGCGGUCCAAGUCUACGAGGGAGUCACCGGUGACCGGGGAGGACAGCCGCCGGGGUUCGAACGGGACCGCCGACGAGGCAGGUGGACCGAAAAACAAGGCAAGCUCGAUCACGGGCAAGAAGAAGCGGGCGCCCAAGUCCAACGGCGUUCGCGGCGAAGCGGCGGCCGCGGUGCCCAGGCGCCCGUCAGAGCCAGCCCAGUGCAGGUCGCCAGAGAGGCCAGUCCAUUCAGACCCUCAAAUGAAGACCCAUGCGGUGAGUAUGAAGAACGUAUCGGGGAAAAGACUGUCCAAACGCAGAAGAAGUCUGGCGAGAAAGAAGGCCCCAGGGCCCUGAAGUGACCAGCUAUCGCGUCCGGCAUGCCAGGAGGGAUGCACGGUGAUGCGACUGCUAUAACUUGUUCGACUUUUCUGCUGGUAAUACAGCUUUGAUUUCCA